AGCAGUCUGGUAGGCUCGAUGGUCCGGUACCUCAGGAGAACCCUCUCUUCAGCCGUCACCCACCUCCGCACAUCUUUGCGCCACGUCUGGGACCGUGUCAGCUCCCAAGAGUCCAAGGAAGCCAUCGUAGGUUGUGUGCUAUGCAUUCUCAACAUGCACAAGAAGGUGGACAACUGAGCUCCCCCGUCACUUGUUGUUCUACCCUCAACUUGUCAGGAGAACGGAGACUGGACAAGAAGACGUGGACACUGGCCAUGUCUGAGAGUAUUGUCAGGAAAAUACAGCCCUUCACGAUUGGGACUAAACUGUCUGUCCCCACUGUGCACAAAUGCCAGGAGUUUACGGAGACUUAUCUGCAAACCCAGAAUCUUGACAACUGCACACGAAAGCAGAACCUGAACUCACUCUACCUCAGUCCACAGCAGGUCUGCGCACAUGGCCCCUGCCUGGUCUUGCCCACUAGCCAGCAGGUAGCCCCCGUGAAACACAAACAGGAGGAGAUGGCCGCAGAGGACGACCUCAACCAGAACGUCAGCUCUUCCUCUGCUGUUUCCAGAUCUAUCAAGAAGAUUACAAUAUCUGGGAAUAAGAAAAGCCCAGAGAAUACAACUUCAGUGGGACUAAGACAGCGAUCCAUUUUUAGAUCCACAUCUGAAAAUCACAAUAACAACAACAACAGUGGAACAUCUGAUCAUAAUCUGCCGAGGAUUGUGGGAAUUAACUGUGAGAGUAUACCUAACUCUCAUGUCAAGGUUUUAGUGAAAACAAAGAGUGGUGACGAUCACUCAGCAAUGCAGGGACAAAACAAGUCAAAACGAAAUGGACCAACCGGUACCAUCCAACAGGAGAAAGACCCUCAACGAUGUCAGCAUCACACACAGAAUAAAGAGCUGCCAGAUGUUACAUCCCAGAGUGACUGCUAUACUCAGCAAAUAUCUCUCUUCAACAAGGAAGUACUACAAGCUAAAACGUGGAGGAAAGAGAAACUGCAAGACCUCAAGGAUGACUCCAAAAUUCAGCGCUGCCCCCUGCAGGACUGGGAUGAAGCCUCACAGAUACUUCAAAGGGAUCUCAAGGACUUUGACAACACCCUCAUCCAACUCAACCAGACGGGAGAUCAGCUGAUCUGCAAACUGAAUCCCACUUCUGACCUUGUGAAGAAUCAGCUCAGCCAUCUGAAAGACCAAUGGAACAUUCUGAAACAGACAGCUGUCAGUCAAUCCAGGGUUCUGGGAGGUUCCAAAAACCUACAGGAGUUCAACAAAAAAGUGGACAAGCUCGAGACAUGGAUCAAAGAGAAGGAAGAGGAGCAGUCUCUUGUUAAUGUCCUGGGUGAAAGUGUUGACAAAAUGCAGUUAACCAGAAGAAUUUUAGAUUUGAAACAGGAUGAGGAGCUAUACAGAACCCUCCAUGAAGAGAUCAAUCACAUAGCCACCAAAAUGGAGAAACAAGGGAAGUUGGAUAGUAAAAGCAUCUCCAACAGGAGGAAAAAUAUCAAUAAAAUGUGGCUAAAGGUGCAACCUCAGAUAAAAAAACACCAAGACAAUCUUCAUCUUGCACUGGAAGUGUCAUCAUUUUACCAGCAGGCUGACAAUACAUUAUUUUCCAUAAAUAACAUGAUGAAAAGUACAUGUCCCUCAAAAGAAUCCGGCCUUUUCGGAGACAGCGAAAUCCGUGACAUUGCCAGUCAAAUCAUGAUGCUAGAUGUGACUGUGUCCCAAAUGUCAAAUCUCCAUCCUGCUUUGGCUGCCGGUGUAACACAGAAGCAGAGGGAGGUCAGGGACUGCUGGGUUUCUCUCCAGAAGGUUUUCAGGAGUGACCGGACAAGCCUCCCGCCAGUGGGCUCAGCAGUCACCAGGGAAGAUGCUGACCCCUUGACAUCAACCCAGGAACUUCAAUGCAGCAUGGGAAAAGAGAGUCAAACGACCGUGGGAAAGCAGGGUGCAGAACGACAGCGCAAUGGUGACGACUAUAUGAAUAUAUCCGUAUGUUGUGGGAGUACUAAGCAAAGCCAGGCACAGCAAUGUGUGAACCACACCUCUUCAACCAUGGGAGAUUGCCCCGAUGAUGUCAUCAUCAGUCCUCAGUCAAGGAGGGAAAGGAAGCCGAGAGGUGAGCCCAAGCGUACCACGCUCCCCAGAGGCCACCCACAGCUUCAUAUUCAGCUCCAGAAAUUCACCGUGUCAGCUGACAAGACUCUGUCCUGGUUAAAGGAAAAUGUUUCUCUUGCCACACAAGUGUAUUUAACAGCCAUUUUCGAGGGACUUGAGGCAGCCAGGAGGUCCCAACAUGCAGUGCAACAAGAAAUCCUUAUGAAUAAAGCCAGAAUAGAAGUGGUCAAAAGAGAGGGCCGUGAGUUGGUCCGUGCACAGCACCCAGGCUGCACUAAGAUAGAACAGUUCCUCAGCCAGCUGGAGAUGCUUUGGGAAGAACUGCAGAGGAGGCACCAGAGGAACUCUGUGUUCCUGCAAGCCUCACAAAACCCGGGAUUUAGGGUUGUUAAAGUACUGAAGGCACUUGGAAGCCUGGAGUCCUGGCUGGAGUCUGUGGAGCUUUCCACGAAAGAGUCAUUGCUAGGCAAUGACCCUGAAAAAAUGCCAGUUGCAGAACGAGAGAGCUGUUUUCUGGAGAAAGAAAUAGCCAUUUGUGACCUGGAACUCAAAGCUCUUAGAAAAGUGGUGGAGGCCCUGCAUGGACACAGUCACCCCCACACACGUGGCUUGAAAUCACGUAUAGAAGAGGUGGACAGAAAGUACCAACAUGUUCUAAGUGCCCUAACUCGCCAAAGCUCAAAGCUGCAGGACACGUGCAUGCUGACUGAGUUCUUGGAACGUGUGGAGCUGGGGGAGAGGAGGAAGCUUGACAGUAGUCAAUACAGCUCAGAUCAGCCUUGCCACAGUAAAAUCUCAUCAAUUGCUGACUUGGUGGGACUUCAAAGCAAUGGUGAGUGUGAUCUGAGCGUGGUUGACCCUGUGGAGGAACCGAGAGAGGCCGUGGUCAUGCUGAAUGAGAACGUGAGGGAAAGAUGGCGACCACAGAGUCAUGAGCAGUACAUACAGGAGCUAUUGAACAAGCAAACCAGGGUGUCUGUGAGCAUGGAGGAGUGGCUUUGCCGCUACAAUGAGCUCAGCCUGGACAUCCUUAAAAAGGAGACAGACAUGGCUGUCCAAUGUGAGCCAAAUCACUGUGGCUUUGAGUCACUGCAGCAGAGAAACGCCCACCUGGAGACUGACUAUGAAGUUCUCACUGCCGAAGUUAAAGAGCUGGAGAGCCAAGCUUCUCGUUUAAAGGAUCUCUGCCCAGAAAGAGUGCAUGUGUUUUGGACCAAGAUUCAGGCAGCGCUGCAGGUCUGGACAGAGCUGGGAAAGAGUGUAAUGGAGAGCAAAUCACAUCUACAAGAUUUCUUGCAUCUCCAAGACUUCUUCAGGCACUACCUUGCAAUGAUCUCAUGGACAGAGGACACCCGGUCAUGCAUUUUCUCAGAAACUUUGCACCUGAGCGAAGAUGGUCAGAGCCUGCAGUUGACAGAGCUUGAUAUACAAAUUGAGCAGAAGUUUGAGGAGUUUGAGGAGCUGGCGGCAUUUGGGAGAAACAUUUUAGAUAAAGAACACCACCUCACUCAGAUGGUAGGAGAGCGCAUGGAGGAACUGCAAAGUAUGCUUGGGUGGAUUUCUGUGCACUGGAGAGCAAGGAAACAAGAAUGGAUUCACAAGAAGAGCACACAGGAAAACUCAAUAGAUAACAUUUAUUCUGAGGCCACGUACUCUCCAUCAGAGACAACAGAUUCCUUUGAGUUCUAUCAGGCUCUGAAUUCUAUCUCAGAAGAAAGCAAACCAAUAGCAAGAGGGGACAGCCAGACUGCAGAGCAGUUCUCUGGACAGACAGAGGAGAAUCAGUUAGAAGAUGGCUAUGAGGUUAUGAAAAAUAUCAGACGAUGGCAUGGCGACGCCCCCCAAUCAGCGUCUCCAGCACCCUCCCUCACAGUCAUUAAGGAGCCCAGCAGUCCCUCUUUAGGGGGCAUGGUCAACCUCAUCCUCAGCUUUGGUAACACAGGGGACAGCCGAUGUCAAGUGGUUGACGGAACUGUUGGGAAUGAUGAGGUUAUAGAAAAGACUUCUGAGCCUCUCCACAGGGUGAGUACUUACUUGCAUGUGAAGGAUAACUCGGCUGCGGCCCCAGUGUAUGAGAGUAUUACUCUCCCACAUCAAAAGAGCCGCUUGACAUCCUCAGCUUCCCCAACUGCCUCACCACCCUCCAUUGUGCGACCACAUCAGACCAGUCUAUCCAGCCACCCUGUAAAUGGGAGGUAUGUCAACAGCUCCAUCUUCUGCAGCCUUAAGAGAAUGGGCAAGAAACGAAAGAGAAGGAGAGACACCCGCAGGCACACCAUCCAGAAAGUCAUGGGGGUCGACGUGGAAACAGAUGAGCCUCUUUACACCUGUGAGGCAGUCACGUAUGACACACAUACCUGGCCACUGAAAGAGGGUCGACGGAAGAAAAAAUCACCACGGAGCAGGGAUGGAAUUGCCACUAUGGCCCACAUAAAGUAUCCCCUACUGAGAGAUAAUGAGUUAGAGUGCAGUGGAGAUGACACUAUUACACCAUAUGCUGUUUCAGAGGGGCCAGCCCAUACCAUUCAAGGGAGAGGCCACUGCAGAUUCCUUUCUUUGGGCUCCGUUUUGAGUUUUGACUUACCAAAGGACAUGACUCUCAUCCCCAGCAUUCAGGAGAUCAUUACUAUCUCUCCUCGGGAUUCCAAUAAGGGGGCUGGAAUUGAUCCAGAUCCUAACUUUCAGCAACACACAGCCUUGAGUUCAUUCAAACAAACUCGACCCUCGCUGGCCAACACUGUCAGCAAAGGUGAACUUAGCUCUGAGACACGGAUGUCUCCAGUUGUGAAAGAUAUGCCUGAUAAUGACCCUAUUUUCAAUACAGCUCCUCCUCCCCAAGAGAAAGACGAGGAUCAGAUGGUACCAUGUAAUGAUUUAUCCAAAAAGCGGUUAAACUUGCUGGAUGAAGCAGAGCAUGAGUGGCACAAAAUGUCAUCAGCACUUAAAACUGUAAAAUAUGACACCUGCCAGAAUUCCCAACCCCCAAUUUAUGUGAAUCAAGCCACUCUGUCCACUAGUGCAGCUCAUAAACAUCAAUGUCCAAAUGUUCAUACACUUAUUCGGGACCUCAAUGGACACAAGUAUCAUAAAAGUGCAACAAUGCAGGGUGUACAUGAUGAGAACCCAGGACAGUGUGUGCACCAAGCAUCUCACGUUGUUGUCAAUCGCAAGCCAAAUGAGAAUGUUCGUCAAGACUCUGUGGAUUCAGGCAUCUCCAGUUCCAGCAGCAUCAAAGUGUGUCCCGAUACAUCUUGUUCUGAUAACGCCCAAAUUACUGGUAUGGUGGGGAAGCUCAUGUCCCUUCAAGUUGGGCGCAUGAAUUGCAUGAAGAUAACAGAGAAUGUGGGUCCAUCAAAACCAAGCGAAGACACACUACAACAAGAACCUGUUCACCUGGACCAUCAACAGUUUGAGGAAGAAGAAGAAGAGUUGGAGGGCAUCUGGAACAAAACUACCAACUUCAGGCAGAGUAUCUGUUCAGACAUCAUGUACCUGCACAACCAAGAAGAGUCCAUACCAUCAGAUCAGCCAAGUGAACCAAUUUCCACCUCGUCCCCUCGCAAAGUCUCAGCUAAGGUCUAUCGAGACCUGGCAACAGCCUCAGAACCCAACCUCUUUGUAGCCGACUUUACGUUGCCAUCUAACAUCCAAAGCCUCCUGGGUGGCAACAAGGACCUCAGUUCCCAAGGUCCGCAACAGACCUUAAGAGACAGAAGGUCCUGGGCAGCCUUUCCAAACAGAGACCAAAUCAGCAAGAUCUUAGUGAUGGUGAAUGAAACAGCCUCAGAUCAAUUGAAGCUUCCAGAUGUUGUUGACAAUCAGAAAUACAUUUACCAAUACAGAGAGGAGGAAGAGGAAGAAGGUGGGAAGGAGAUGGAUGAGUACACGGCUUGUUCAAAGGACCAGACAGAUGGCUCCUGUCAUCAAAGAGAGGAAGUUCAGAACUUUGAGGCCAUCGAUCCGCAAGAAGAGGCAACAGCCACAGGAGGGCGCUGCAAUACUCCAGGUGGAAAUCCUGAGCUGCAAUCUAUGGAGGGAACUCUCGAAAGAAAGCAAAAGCUGCAAUUUGGAGGAAAGAAAGCUGCUUCCAGAGGCUGGAACUCGUAUCAUACUGUCUUAUAUCGACACACCUUGUGCUUCUAUCAGGAUAGAAAGGAAACACUGAGGAGUUCUGCGUGUGGCCUGCCGCUGAACCUCACUGGAGCUGACUGUUCAUCUGCUCCAGAGUACACCAAGAAACCUAACUGCUUCCAUUUGAGGCUGCGUGAUGGCUCCGAAUAUCUGUUCAGCGCCUCUUCACGCUUUGUGAUGAACAAAUGGAUGACUAAAAUACAAGCAAACGCAGGUGCAAGCCAGUCUGUGUCUUCAUUGUCAAACAUCCCAGUAGAUCAAAGCAUCCCCAUUUCCUUAAGCCCCCCUCUGUGCUCGGGCUGUUAUGGUCUGGCCAAAUGCUACUGCUCCUCCCAGCAUGAUGUCACCUCCACGUUUCCCAGACAGAAACCCCCGAAUCGUGCCAAAGACACGGUUGUCCCUUCCAGAGAGUUGCCACAGAAUCCCCCACGAUGUCUGGAGGAACAUUUGACCAGGUCAUCCACACAUGGACAGUCCUGCAAUGAUGCUGAUGAUGACAAUGACGAUGAUUGCUGCAGCUGCAACCAAAUGGUAACUCAUGGACUUCAGGGAGGAAGUGAAGAAAACACCUCUUCCUCCCAGUGGUCCCCCCCACGCAGCAAUCAGGACUGGCUGAGCAGCAAGCGUCGCUCCCACUCCUUCACUUCUGCAACCUAUCAGAAGAUCAAACCCACGCGGGAGAUCUGCAGAGGCCCAGAGAACGAGUCCAACUACAGUGUGACACUGGUGCUGGGAGACAAGUCGUCAGACAUUAAGACCUGUGGAAGUCCAUCAGUGGCCGGAUGGCAGCUGGACCCUUGCCCGCCGAGGAACCACAGCAGCCUGCCGAGGCCUCGCAACAAAUCUGUCUUAAAGAAAUUCUUUGGCAAAAGGGACCUGUGAAUUUUCAUGAGAUUGUCUAAUGUGCAGUGCACGUUUUUAUUAUCUACUACUGAGCAUAUUUAUAUUAUGAGUUGCUACCAAUUUUAUUUGAAUGUGUAAGAUGCUAUUUCUAAGUGUGUGUGUGUAUAUUACUUUUAUACGGUGUUCAGACUAUGCAGUUGGAGUUCAUUUUGUCUUAAUCUUACAGUUGUUUUGUAUGGGGCAGCAUGGAGAACGCUGGGAGUUUGCAUGUUUUUUCUGCGCUUGUGUGGGUUUUCUCUGGGUACUCUGGCUUCCUCCCAAAUCUCCCAACAUGUCGGUUCAUUGAAGACUAAAACAAGGGUCAGCAACACGGCACCUGGUAGCCCCCAAGAACCACGAGUCAUUCGCGGGCCUGUUCUCAAAGUUGCUCACCAGUGAUGAGACAUUGUGAUUUUCUAGGAACAUCUCUCAGGGAGUGGAGGCCCCAACAUAAUCGAAGUGAACAUUUGAAUAUGUACACGCUUGCAGAGAUUUAUGUUUCUACUUUGUUAAAGCAGGUUAGUAAUUAUUGUGAGAAGUCAUUAACACGAUAAGAGUCUUCACAUACUGUACAUAAUUAGCAAAAUCAUUAUAGGUGUAAAUGAUUCUCUAAAUCUGCCUUGCGAUUGACCCAACCCACCUCCCCACACCCAGUGAUGAUAAACAGCAUAGAGAACGAGUGGAUGUAUGUAUUGUAUCAGUGUGCGUACUAAAUAGCUCUGCUGGAAGUCCAUUUUCAAAGGACAUUUGCAUACUUAAGUGAUAACACUAACAAUCAAAUCAUUACAGUCGUGUCCACAUAAUUGUUUCACUCCAGUGUGUUCUCCAUCCAGCUAAUUUCUUUUCACACAAAAACCUGCAGUUUGAUAGCUGCUAGUUGAUUUGUUACAGCAACCAUUCAUAAUAAUAAUAAUGAAAAAUAGCAAUUAUUUCAUGUUCCGUUGUCAAUCUAGAAUAAAAAACACAUUAUUGUCAGAUGGUAAAAAUGAAUUUGCCAAGAAGAAAGACAAACAUGCCACUUGUUGUUUUUGCACCAUUGAAUGUGAGUCAAUUGAAACUGUGAAAGCAUAUUGAUGCUGCAGCUGGUUUAGGAGUUACAUGUAUUAUGCAGUAUGUCCAUCCAUCCAUCCAUCCAUCCCAAGGGUCACAGGUGAGAGCCUAUCCCGGCUGACUUCAGGUGAGAGGACUUGGUUACAAGGGAAUUGUAGGACAAACAAUCAUCCACACUCAAACAAAUUCAUGGAACAUUUGUGUGUCUUUUUUUUGGGGGGGUGGAAAAAAGUCAAAGAGAACAUGAAAAGUCAGAACAGGAAAGAAUUGAGAUUCAAAUGUCAAACGUCAGAACUGUGAGACAUAAGCACUAGCCAUUCGUCCAAAGCGCGGCCUUACACGGGUCAAGUUGAAAAAAUUUUUUUUUUUUUAGUUUCUGAAUGCUUUUAGUAAUAAACCAAUACUUUAAUCUCUUCAAGAAGUGAGAUUAUUUUAAGAGUACUAUCUACAAAUACAUUUGGGGGUUUGAAGUCACCUCUGGUAUUAAGGUGUGUAACUGCUGCCCCACAACAGGAUGCAUAUUUUGAAACAAAACAUUACAGGAUUUAUCACAGUAUGAAUAUGCACAUAGCCACUUGAGUUACUGAUUUUUUUAAAAAUACACUUUUGUGGCCAAAUUCAUCUUGCAGAGGCAUCCAUCAUCACAGCUCUGCAAUCUGUGAACCAUUAUCAAGUCUCCAACUGAACUGACUGGAGCAUGACUCACACUGCAGCUUGUUCAACGUACACAAGUUACAUUGUGUUCAUGUGUUCUAUCAAUGUACUUUCAGAACAAUCUGUUUUCAUAAAAUAUGCAAUUUGUGAGGUACAAAAAUAUUGGAGACUUGACCAUUGCUAAAAACAGCUGGAAUGUGAAGAAAAUACUGUAUGGAGUUGGUCCUCCCCUUUCCAGCUUCCACUCUUCUGGAAAAACUUUCAGCGAAGUGCAGUAUAGUAUAUAUUUCUUUAGUGGCUGAUUGUGGCUUUUUAGUACCAAAGAACUAUGUUGAAGCAAGGGGAGGGACUUCAUUUAGAAAAGUAAUUUCUGUCUAAUUGAAAAGUUUUGCUUUCUCUUCUGUUUCUGUUGAUUAUCACUUAAUACUGCAUUAUGCGUUUUUGCAGUGUUUAUUAGUCUUAGAAGUGGUUCAUAUCAACAUAGUUGUACCAAUCAACACUACUGUAUUGUAUAUGCAUGCAAAAAAAAAUCUGUGUAUCCCUGCCAUGAAUAGCGAACGAAAAUCUAUGAAUAUUUGGUGUUUCUCUUAAAGGGCCACUGUCAUGAAAUGCAUGAUUUUUAGUAUGUUAUUAAUUAAA